AAUAGGUUCUUAACUAAUUGACUUUUUCAAUUUUUUUCAGAAUGGCCAGAGUUUUCUGGUUUUGGAUGAACAAAGAUUUGCAAAAGAAAUUCUUCCCAAAUACUUCAAGCACAAUAACAUGGCAAGCUUUGUGAGGCAGCUGAAUAUGUAUGGUUUUCGUAAAGUAGUACAUAUUGACUCUGGAAUUGUGAAGCAGGAACGAGAUGGUCCUGUUGAAUUUCAGCAUCCUUAUUUUAAACAAGGCCAGGAUGACUUGUUGGAGAACAUUAAAAGGAAGGUUUCAUCUUCAAAACCAGAAGAAAGUAAAAUUCGUCAAGAAGAUUUAACAAAAAUUAUAAGUAGCGCGCAGAAGGUUCAAAUAAAACAAGAAACUAUUGAGUCCAGGCUUUCUGAAUUAAAAAGUGAGAAUGAGUCCCUUUGGAAGGAGGUUUCAGAAUUACGAGCAAAACAUGCACAACAACAACAAGUUAUUCGAAAGAUUGUCCAGUUUAUUGUUACAUUGGUUCAGAAUAACCAACUUGUGAGUUUAAAACGUAAAAGGCCUCUACUUCUAAACACUAAUGGAGCCCAAAAGAAGAAUCUGUUUCAGCACAUAGUGAAAGAACCAGCUGAUAAUCACCAUCAUAAAGUUCCACACAGUAGGACUGAAGGUUUAAAGCCAAGGGAGCGGAUUUCAGAUGAUAUCAUUAUUUAUGAUGUUACUGAUGAUAAUGCAGAUGAAGAAAAUAUCCCAGUUAUCCCAGAAGCUAAUGAGGAUGUUAUGUCUGAUCCCUCCAACUGUAGCCAAUACCCUGAUAUUGUCAUUGUUGAAGAUGACAAUGAAGAUGAAUAUGCACCUGUCAUUCAGAGUGGAGAUCAGAGUGAACCAGCCAGAGAAUCACUAAGUUCAGGCAGUGAUGGCACUAGCCCUCUCAUGUCUAGUGCUGUCCAGCUAAAUGGCUCAUCUAGUCUGACCACAGAAGAUCCUGUUACCAUGAUGGAUUCCAUUUUAAAUGAUAACAUCAAUCUUUUGGGAAAGGUUGAGCUGUUGGAUUAUCUUGACAGUAUUGAUUGCAGUUUAGAGGACUUUCAAGCCAUGCUGUCAGGAAGACAGUUUAGCAUAGACCCAGAUCUCCUGGUUGAUCUUUUCACUAGUUCUGUGCAGAUGAAUCCCACAGAUUACAUCAAUAAUACAAAAUCCGAGAAUAAAGGAUUAGAAACUACCAAAAGCAAUGUAGUUCAGCCAGUUUCAGAAGAAGGGAGAAAAUCUAAACCCAAAACAGAUAAGCAGCUUAUCCAGUACACUGCCUUUCCGCUUCUUGCAUUCCUCGAUGGGAACCCUGCUUCUGCUGUUGAGCAGGGGAGCACAGCUUCUUCAGAAGUUAUGUCCUCUGUAGACAAACCCAUAGAAGUUGAUGAGCUUCUGGAUAGCAGCCUGGACCCAGAACCAACCCAGAGUAAGCUUGUUCGCCUGGAGCCGUUGACUGAAGCUGAAGCUAGUGAAGCCACGCUGUUUUAUUUAUGUGAACUCGCUCCUGCACCUCUGGAUAGUGAUAUGCCACUUUUAGAUAGCUAAAUCCCCAGGAAGUGGACUCUACAUGUAUAUAUUCAUCAAAAUGAUGAACUAUUUAUUUUAAAGUAUCAUUUGGUACUUGUUUUUUUUUUGUAAAUUGCUUUGUUUCGUUUAAUCAGAUACUGUGGAAUCAAAAGCACCUUUUGCUUUUAUCACUAACCACACUCUUGCAAAGCUUUCAGAUGUUACUCAGCUACGUAGGUACCUAAGAUUUGAUGUGUUAAAUCACAUUAUUGGUAUAUCUUUAAGUUGGAUUCAGAUGGCCAAUUUUCCCCAAUGGUAGUAAAUUGGAUUUUUUACAUAUUUGCUCAUUAACCCCAGUUAAACUUUUUGUUUUACUUGUUUGUGUCUGUUUGCAUUGAGUGUAAGUCACUUAUAACUAAUGGUAGAACUUCUAAAGCUUUCUCUGUUCCAGUUGCUUUUAUUAAAUAUUUUUCACUCAGCUUAUUUUUAAAACUGGGAACAUAAAGUGCCUGUAUCUUGUAAAACUUCAUUUGUCUCUCGGUUCAGAAAAGUUCAUUCAUGUUCAACAUGAAAGGCAAAGUGUACUUGAGUGCUUGCUCUCUGAUACGGUUCCAGCUCUGUACACAUACAAGAAGGGGAUGGGAUGGUGUCAGCCUGUCCACUUCAUUGGACUAGUUUUAAGUAAAAGUUUUCUGGUUUGUGUUUUUUUGAAGCAUACUAUUUAGUAAAAUAAAUAUAAUGAAUGUUACAUA